CAAGAGCUUCACUCGAAAAGUUUUAUUGCCGAACAGCUCAUAUUAUCAGGGGAAAAUUUGCUGACUUUGUGCUUCAACAGACAUGAAAGAAAGACAAUUCAUCGUAGUAACCUUGAAAUGUCUAUCUGGCUGGUGAACUGAAGGUUAAGUGCGAUGAAAAUGUCUUGUUUUGGGAGUAAUACCGUUUGGUUUUGUCAUGUUUUAUUGCUUGACGAAAGUGAACAUCCAGUGGAGAUUCGAGUAAGUGAGCAAACUUUUUGAGUGGAUCCCUAAAGUGUUCAACUUUCUUGUUUUAAGUUUACUGUUUACUUAGAGCCAGUGCUUGUUUUAUCUAUACGCUUCAAUCGUGUUUCAAAGAACACGAUUGAAGCGCGAACAAGGCCUUUCUUGAUGAGAAAAAGCUAAAGUGGUUCGAGUAAGUGAUUCCCAGAGCCGAUAUUUUUAGCAGAUUAUUGGAGGGCUUUAUCUCAUUUUUUAUUGAGAGUCCGACUGUCUUUAAGUGGUGGAAACCUUAAGGUAUUUCCCUCAGUGGAAUUAAAAAAGAGCCAAGCUUUUAUCAAGAUCAGCAUGCGUGCGGCCGUGUUGUUUAAGCUGUUCUUUAUGAGUUAUUUGUCAGCAUGAACGAAGGAUUUCAUACUCGAUAAUGUUUACGUGGAGCUUAAACUUAUACAAGGUACUUAUCAACCUUUUGUCUUUUGUAGCGUCCACUAUUCCAUAUAAAGUUCCGAAAAGGUCGAGUUUCCUUCGCUUGUGUUUCGGAUAUUUCGUUUAUUAUGGGCUUUGGAAGUUUAGCAUGCAGAAAAUUCCGUCCUGCGAUAACAUCUCGACUGUGUAUCCAUGCGGGAUUACAUGGCCUAAUAUAUCACGUUUUUAAUUUUUCAGUCUCAGCUUUUUGUUUGUUAGUAACUUGUAUGUAAUUUCAUGAACAUCUCCUCCCGUAUUUUUAAGUGAAGAAAGUUAUUCAAUCGCAUUCAAGCCAUUUUUCAGCUUAUAGAAUUAUUUGUUCUGUCGUAUUCUUAAAUUGAUUUAUAUCGCUGGUAUAUAAUAAAAGAUCCUUUUGCUUUGAUUCCUGAGAGGUGGUAACUGUCAAUAGUAUUUUUUUCCGGUGAAAACACUUUUAACUUUUUAAAACCAGAUUUGUUGAUAUUUUUCAACCUCUCAAGAAUUGCAAUUUACAGCGGCGGUAAAGAUCAAGAGAUCAUGAAAUCAAGCGAUGAACAAUCACGCUAAUUAUCACCAGUUGAUUUCUAAUGACUCUCCAGUGAAUGAUUUAGAAUAAUACGGUCUUCUAGUUUGUGGUGAAAAGUCCUGCUGUUAAUUUAUACGAGUUGAAGUGUGGUUCAGGAGCAUUUUCAUUAGUUUAACAUCCAUUCCAGCUACUCAAGCUGAAGGCAAUGUUGCCAGGAUAGUAAUUACACAAAAAAAAGCCGGCAUGAUAAUUAGUGCUGUCUGUUUAAAAAAAGUUUUCUGCAGGUCAGCGUAAUAAACAGGAAAGGGUUUCCCCUAAUAACAAAUAAUUUGAAAACUGUGGUACUAACAACAACAAAAAAAUCUUGAGUCCAAACUACUUUCAACAACCCUGUUUUGUGUUAAAUGCCAUAUUUUUAAGAUUGUUGACUGUUGACUCACAGUCAGAUGGCCCUGUGCACAGGAUAUUAUACUGGUUGCUUUCCGUAAAUACAGUUAUUUUUCAUUGUUUUACUCUAUUAAAAAGUAUUGCUGUGUCAUUGUGGUAGGUGACACAAAAGUUUAUUUCAUGAAAUUUAUUUAACAGCUCACCAGUAAGCCUAAUCCAAAUUAAUGGGAAUUUAAAUUUGCAAAAAUUCUUCCAAAUGUUGACAAAGUCACAUGGCAGCAAAUGCCAAUUGACAGUUUUAAAGAUUAAUGGAUUAAAGGAGAGAAAACGUCCUCUUUGUAUACCAUGAGUCAUGUGUGUUUUGUAGGACAGACUGUAAAAAGUAAUUUUUUUAGUGCCUGCAGUAUCUACAAAUAGCAAUUUAUUUUUUGACAUGAAGACCAAAGGAUCAUGUACUGACUUAACUGACAAUUAUGAGUACAAUAGGAUCUCAGGACCUUUGGGAGAAUUUUUCAUGGGUUCAGGGUGCAAAGGAGGUCAUUUUUACAGCUUGCCAUUUGGGCAAGUUGAAGCUAAAAUUCACUAGCCCAAACAACAUUUCAACUAGCCCCAAAAAUGUUUUGAUGAGCAGAUUGAUUUCACAGUUCUUCUGUAGUUUGAAUUCCUCAAAAAACUCCACUUGCCCGUUUGCCAAGUUAAUAACAGAAUUAACGAGUCCAAUAGCAAAAUCUACCAGCCCCCGGUAGCCUGCGUGCAGACAAUAACUAAACUCUGAUUAGUACCGUCUGCGAAGCAGCGCAGAGAUCCUUGUUCUGGAUCCCCAAUGGACUCAACGAAUUACCGGAAGUGCGUUUGGAAUUCCCCUUCAACCUGAUUGGCGAUCACGACAAACAAAACAAAGGCCUUUUUUAACUGGCCAAUCGUGGCGCAUACUCAAAUCUGGGUACACAGCUGGAAGUCCAGAACAAGGAUUUCCGCGCUGUUUCGCAGACGGAGUUAACCAGAGUUUAAUUUCGUCUGUGCACAGGCUAGCCCCAGGCUAUUGGACACUAAUUUCUUUGCAUGCUGGGGUUUGAGUAUGCAUUUUGUGUUUUUAAAAGCAAUUUUAACUUACCAUAUUUAUUCAAUUUAAGCACCCAGCCUUGAAUAAGCCCCUGCCUCAAGCAACUGCCCAUCCUUUUUGCAGGAAAAGUUAAUAACCACCCAGCCUCGAAUAAGCGCCCACCCCUGACCACCCUCAAUGAAGAAAAAUGACCUUGCUGACAAUGAGAUUGAAAUAGACUUAAUUCUACAAAGAGUUAUCCCUCAAGACCAAGUUUUCUAAAUAUUUCAAAGAAACUUUUGAUUGGAUUUUGUUGCAAAAUGAAAAACUAUUACUGAAAAUUGCAAAAAUCUGAUACAUGUACAGCUGCGAAAUUAAGAGGCCCUCUUAGGGGGGUAAAUAUGUGCCCUUAUUUUGAGGAGUAGACCAUGUCCCUGUUGGUAUUUAACCAAUCUUUAUGUCGUUUGUCACCAUUACAUCCCAUCUUAUGUAUAUGUUACAGGUCAAAUUUGAUUUUAGGUUAAUUUCCUUUGUUUCAUGAAUAAUUAGGGCUAGGAGACAAAGGAAAUAAAUUGAGAAUCAACGUGGGUUAAAUAUAUUUUAGCCUAAAAUCAAAUUUGACCUGUAACAUACAUGCACAUUUGUUGCUAGUCGGAAAUUUUACCCUAACAUGGCCUCAAUUAAGUGACCUGUCUGUACCUUAGGCUUAAGCUUUCCAUGAGGGGGCAUUUCUGUGCUUCAGGCUUGUUUUACUUAAUAAUAAUUUAGUACUUUGGUGUCUGUUCAUAUUCUUUUUUACAGUCUAAGGAGGAUAAAAAUGUAUCUUGCUACUUUAAACUAUCCACCCAGGGAGACCGAAUAAAUAAAGAACUCUAUCAUAUAAAAAAAUAUUAUGUAGAACAGUUGUAGACAUGUCUACUAUUUUUGGUAUCUUAAACUCCCUAACACAUUGUUUUAUCUCUUUAGAAAAAGACAAAAGGGGAAGAAGUCCUAGAGAAGGUGUUUAAACAUCUUAAUGUACUUGAAAAAGACUACUUUGGCUUGCGUUAUAUUGAUCGGGAUAGUCAGUCGGUAUGAUACUCUUAAUUUAUUGGUCUUUGUCAAGUGAAGAUUAAAUGAAUGAAGGUUCUUUUAAAAUGCCAUUUUCCUUCCUUUUAUAUGUUACUAUUUUUUUUUAAGAAUUCACUCCUUGAAUAUUUUGGUCAAUGAGAGAAUUUUAGAAAAUCCCUGUGUUCUUUUAGGAUCCAAAUUAUUUUGCAGUAAGUUUGAUCAAAAAUCAACACCACCAUUGACUGAAAUUUUUCUGGUGCUUUGUCUUUUUGCCGAAGGGCAUAUUUUCAGGGCUUUGUUCACUCAUGGGAAAUUUAUCUUGUCUUAUCUUAUCAUGUGCUGUUUCCAUAUUUGUUUACAUUAAUUUGUUGCUUAUUUAUGCUCCGUUCUGAUUGGCCAAAAUCUGACAGCUCUGUUGAUGGGUAGCCACAGGGGGCACUGGAGGCAGAAUUCAAAUUUUCAAAGGUGACUGCAAGCUCUCCCAUCCUUUUUUGCCCUGCUGUAGGAGUGCCCUAGGAGAGCUUGCUCGCAGGCUAGCUGAAACGGGAAAGAACACAUGUAUGCCUUAUAAAGUUUAAGCACAGUGUCACUGUCAGUAAAACUCCUAAUUGUAUGCAGGGUGACUAUCUUUGGUUGAAUUUUACUAAUCAAUAAGAUAAUAAUGUUAUCCAUAGAAACUCCCAGCAACUUAAAUCCAGUGAUCAAUGGGACAGAUUUUGAAAACCAUUACGUGGCUGCAUAAUUAGUGGUUAAUUUUACGGUAUAACUUCUCUGUGUUCAAUCAGAUUGAAAAAUCUUUCAUUUCAGACAUUAGUUUUGAGCUUAAAAAAAGGAAAGCUGAGUUUAAAGAAAUUUUUCCUACAUGCCAUGAAUGCAGACAUGAAUGACCUGAUGUUGACCAACGACUAAAAGAUUCAAUUUUCAAAGAAUUAAAUUAUUAAGGGAAUCUACAUGUAUAGGGGUAUGCUUGGUGAGACUGGAACUGCUACUCAUUUUCUUUAAAUCUUUUUAUUUUUUUAGCGAUGGUUAGAUCCCUUGAAGCCCGUGGUCAAGCAGUUAACAGGUUAGAGUCAUGUAAUUUUUAUUAACUUUUGUUGGUCCAAACCCUCUCACUGCCAAAAGCGGCCAAAGUAAAAUUCAACGGCAAUUCCAAAUGCCAUUAAAUUGUAAAAUGGAGAAAAAGAAAUAAUACCACGUAAAAAUACUAAUGAAGGGGAUGAAUUUGAAUGGUAACAACCAGAGAUUUCAUCUACAGACUCAAAUGUUAUAACCACUUCAAAAGGUAAGGUAAAAGGUAAAGGUGCACAUGAGCCAAAGGCCCAAAUGGCCAGAGCUUAUCGUGGUUUUUUUAGCAUGAAUCAAUCAAUCAAUUCAAUCAAUCAAUCUAUUUAUUAACGUCAAUACGUGGGAUGGGGUUGCCUCGAUCAUCCGAGCGAGAGGCUCAUGUAUAACACGCAUGACAUUAAAAAUACUAAGUCAAUAAAGAUACAAUGCAUUUGAAUAAAAAAUAAUUUAAAAAGACCAUGACUGUAUGAAAACAAGUAACAAUAAUAUAUCCAUGAAUGCACAAAGCUACACCCACCCGAAUCCCACUGAAUUAAUUAAAAACUAAAAACCGUAAGAAAAAGUUUAAAACCCUAAGGGGGAAAGAAAAAACAGAUAUAGUUAAAUGCUAAGAUAUACAUAAAAAUUGCAUUUACAACUGGCUGGUAAGAUUGUAAGAUUAAAGCAUGCCUAGGAGUGUUGUUACUCCCCCCAGACAGGAUGCUAGUCCAUCGCAGGGUUAUCCCCCAGCAGUAUGUUGCCAGUACCCAUUUAUACACCUGGGUGAAGAGAGACAAAGUGGAGUAAAGUUCCUGGUCUAAGGAAACAAUGCGAUGGGCAAGGCUUGAACCUCAGACCUCCAGAUCCAGAGUUCGAGGUGUUAAUCAAACACAUCUCCACAUAAAGAAUCCAUCAUAAAUCUUUUGAGGGUGAAAGAGCUAAUAAACAAAACAGGUUCAGAAGUGUUGUUAUGACUUGUUGUUAGUUACUGGGAUCCCAUUUAUUAAAUCUGUUUCAUUCUUAUUUAAAACUCUUUUCUCUCUCCAGCUGGUCCUCCUUAUUUACUGUAUUUUUGUGUCAAGUUUUAUGCAGCAGAUCCUUGUAGACUACAUGAGGAAGUUACCAGGUAAGUGACCUCCUUUUUAGGCUUUGUUCGCACUUAACCAGAUAGCUUUUGCUGUCAGCUCGAAAAACAUACCGGAUAGCGCUUCUUUUCACACACAAGAAGGCUGGGUGAUUUUGGUGCUAAUUCUGUAACAGAGUGAAGCUGUAUGGUGCCAUUCUCUAAAGUGGAGAGUCACAUAUUGGGUAGGUGUUCAUAAUAUACCAGUCAACUUUUUAUCUGUUACUAUCUGUUAUAGGGUGAACAUAGCUUCAGACUGCACAUGCAUUUAUGGUGUAUAAAUAUGUGAAUGGAAAACAUAGCAUCUCAAGCUUUUUCCUUCUCUAAAACAGCUUUCGAUCCACUUGAAUUUAUUGGGAAGUCAGACAAUUUGUGACACUGUUCUUCUGUAAUUUGAAUUUUACUCCAAAAAUUUCACUUGCCCAUCAGGCAAUGUAAUUCACUAGCCUGGUCACAAAAUCCACUAGUCCUGGGAAAUCAGACUUGACUUUCUUUGCACCCUGUACAUGCACUUUCUCAAGGCUUUGUGCCUAUCCAAUUAGGGUAAUAGGGUUAAAUUUGUAUAAUUAAUAGGACUACAUGCUGUCCAAUUUGGAAAUAAUUGGAUGAAAAAAUUCUAUGGACAGCCAAAAUUGGAGGAGGCGAUUGCGACUAGCAAUUUGUGGUGGAGAUGUGUCAACUCAUUUUCUGAAUCCCGACUGUAAACUCUAUUUCAGAUCAAUCUCUGUAAGGCAAAUGUAAGCAAGUACCCACCUGAAUUUUUGGUUCAGUAAAUGGCCUCUAUCAAUGAUUAACGGAGCAAGCCGGGGGCGUAUUCUUGGGAAUUUUUUGUGGGGUGUGUUGUUCAGUUUGCCAAAUCUUUACUCUAGAUUUUAUAUCAGAUCAGUGCGUCAUUUGCCCCGAUUAGAUCGGGGCUUAGAAAGAAAAGGGUUAAGGCAAAUUUAAGGGAGAUUAGGGGAGGGGUGCAUGAAAAUAAUGCUUAUUGUUUCCUGCUUAGAAUGGCUAACUUGCUUUCUCUUAUUCAUAAUGGUGGAAUUUGAAAAGGUACCGUUGAGCCUCGACUUUAAAAUGGUACUCUCUUUACUUGUUAUGAAAGUGUUCCAAAAUGGUACAAUGUUCAAAUGAAUUUAUGUUUAACUCUCACAUGAGAUGCUAUGUCAUGCAAUGGUCAGCGACAAGGUUAUGUGGUACAGCACCCCCUCCCCCAUAAAAAAGCGCCUUUGGCAGCCCAGUUAAAAUUGUUUUUUGGUGAUUCUCGUUAAUUAAAGCUAGUGGUUGUAACAUAUGGCUUAUUUAUAAUGCUGAAUACUUUAUUGUUUAUUUAACUGUAUUAUUCUGAUUUUUUUUAGGUAUUUGUUCUUCUUACAAGUAAAAAAAGACAUUUACCAGGGAAGGUACGUUUUCAUCUCAUAAAGUUAUCUUACCUCUUUUAUUGGUUGACUGCAAGCAGUCUCUUUUUUUCAUUGCAAAUUUUAAUUAUUACUGCACACAAUAGUCAAGCACGCGAGCAUCUUGUCCCAGUCCCUUAUUGUAUCAGUCAUAACGUCGUUGUUAGCAAUCGCUCUGGCUGAGAUAAGAACUAGAUGGAUUUUAAGAGAAUUAAAGGUGGGUUGCAAGGAGUCUAUUUUAUUGGAUACUUACAAUUAAAUUUAAAUGAAUUUCAAUAUCUCAAGAGUUUUUGCAUCCUUAUCAUGGCUUUUUGUUUAUUUUUUAAGGCUACCUUGUGCAACAAACAUCCUGGCCGAACUUUCAGCGUACAGUAUUCAGUGUAAGUGGGAUUAUUUGGCAAAAUGAAAUGUAAUCUUAAUAACCAUUAUAUGAAUUACCCUUAAUGUUUCAUGAGCUCACUGUUGCUCAAAUCAUUUACAACACAUUACAAAACCUCUAUUAUGACAUUCGUUUGAGUUCCAGUUUGAAUAUAAAUUUUGACUAAGUGUUAAAAAAUUAAAUGAAUAAUUUAUUACCUGACAAUGUAUUUAUCCUAAAAGUGCUAAUUGACGAAUGACAUGAAACUUUUUAAAUUGCUGGAGAUAGGACCAUGAUUUUUAUGUGCCCUUCCACACCUCACAGUGAUCUAGCUGUUUGAAAAGCAAAUGCAUCAUGGCUAGAAAAAAACUUGCAUUCAAGAUUGUCCUUUGGGCAAGUACCUCUCCCAUUUUGCUUGCCCAGGGCCACCUCUUGCUAAGCUUUAAUCCUUUAAAUCCCUACAGUGACCAACAUCAAUUUUCUCCUAACAAUAUCCAUACAUUGUCAAGAGAAAUGGUUGUGAGAAUUAAUAAAAUGAUCACCUGAGAAAAAUGCUUUGAUCUUUUAUCAAAAUCUCUCAACUAAUCCUUAAAGUGUAUAUGACAGAAAUUUUUUUAUUUGCUUGAUAGAAUCUAUACAGUGUUUUGAUAAGGAAAGCAAAAAAAUUUUUUCGAUAGCGAUUUUUCUUCCCCGUGUUUUAACCCGCUAAAAACGUGAAAUUUUACUUCCGGUGAGCUACAAAACCGCGCUUGCGAAAACAGAAGACUGGGAAUGAUUAUGACGUCAUUUCAGGACAUUCUAUUUCGCGGCAGGUAAAUUAGCUGGUCAUUUUCUUAUUUGUGUGGCAGUGUUUGGAGAAUGUUUUUUGAGUUUCCCUGACCUUUUUCGAUCAGAAACAGCAGAAAUCAAUAAAAAGUCGCUUAAGCUCGAAUUUAAUUGACUGUGAAAAAGAAUAAUGAGUUUUGAAAGCGAUACGGAACAGUCAGACAUGGAAUCGAUCGGGUCGCGCACUCACAUCUGCGAGACAUUCUGCGAGACAGAGCUAAGAUCAGACGAAGACGAAGAAGAUAUGUACCAUUCAGAUCCAGAAGGACCGUAUAUAGAUGAACAUAGUGCAGACGAGGAAUAGCUAACAGAGUACAACCGAGAACUAGAAGAAAUUGAAAGGAGAAACCAGGAGUUACAAAACCGCUUUGACAGUAUUGUCGAACCCGAGACUUGGUAAGUGUUCGCUCUAUUUCUCACCUUUUAAUUAUUAGCCUGAAAAAUCUUAUCGUACUAAGAUCAUACCUUGCCGAUAAAAGGAUAAAAGUUGUACUCUUCAACUUAAAUACUACGUUCCUUCUUUUUAAUUUCAAAGGUGCCCAUGUGGCAAUUGUGCUUUGGAUCGGCUGCAAAAUCCAUAAUCAUGGCUGUGUUCUAAGACAAAUUGAAGGGAGCCCAGUGCCCUGAACCUGUGGAAUCAAGGAUGCCUAGCAUAAUAUUAUAAUCUCUAAGAUUUUCUUGUCGCCGUAGAGCAGAAGUUGUAUGCUAGGGGGCACCAUGUGCUGUUAGAACACAGCCCUAUCUGAGGCUAGCUGAGCCUUCUGCCCCUCUCAAGUCACUUUUUUCUUUGGGAAAAUCUUUUUUUUUUGGACAUCUAGGGAUUUUUAUUGUCAUCAAUAUUACUGUGAUAAUCGAGAAAAUGAUAAAUAUAGCCAUUAAAGCAACAUAUUACAUCUUUUGUUGUAGAAAUAGGAACUGGGAUAGCCCAGACUUAAUACAAUUUUGAUUUAUUAUUUUGUUUUUUGGCUUUUGUUUUGUUUUUUUGUUUUUGUUUUGUUUUUUUGUUUUUGUCUUUUUUUUCUUUUUAAUAAUCUAAUCUCAAGCAGCAUUUGUAAAUUGUCUAUACGUAGCGAGAUUUACAAUUGUACAUUCAAAAAAAACAAAUAAAGUUCCCAUUAUUAUUAUUGUUAUUGUUACAUAUUAUUAUCAUUUUAUCAGCAAUCAAGGUGGACUAAAUAUAUUUUUCCUAUUUUGCUUGCAGUAUCUGUUGUUCUUGCCCAAGAGGCAGCUGCAGCUACAGCACAGUCAUCAAGUGGAGGAAGACCAAGGAAUUGCACUGUUUGCAAAAGACCCAUGAGAGGGCACAACCUUCUAGUUGAUUGUCCAAGGAACCAGGCACGACAAAACAGUAGACAGUGAUAGCAGACCUUUUUAUUUUUUAUUUUGAGGCAAAGUCAAUAAGUUGCCUGGUAAUUGCUUAAAACAAACCGGGAGAGAUUUUCAUCACCAUUAUUUCAAGUCACCCUCGCACUGUAGAUAACUAAGAUACAGAUAGUUUCUGUGCAAUCAGCUGAUGUUUUGAGUCAAUGUUAGUCCAAACUAGUAUAAAAUUUGUCAAUGGACUCUGUUUUGCUAUUUGCAUUUUAAAAUAAUGAUGGUCAUAAAGGCAAUAUCUUUAUUCAUUAUCUUCAAAACCAACAAAUUCUUCAUUCUCUUCUGAAAGUUCUGUUCUUAUUGCAUGGUAGGCACAUGCUGGCAGUGGAAUCCGCUUUCCCCCAAGAAAACCAUGUACUAGUUGCAUAAACUCUCUGUAGGCUACUCCACGAAGAAACCUGUGUAAAAGAAUGAAGACAUAAAAAUAAAUAUUCAAGUCAUGACCUCACCCCGUAUUUCAACUCUGUGAGCCCAGUAUUACCACAUGACCAGUGGCAGAUGCAUUUCUAUUCCAAUCAUGCCCUUCCUUUGUGUCUCUAAAAUCCCCAUUUCUUUUAACAUCUUAUGAACUGAACAUUAUCAAAUCAACUGUCGAAUAUAGUUGAAAAUAGGACCAGGGUUGAAGAGUAGAGCAGAGUAAGAAAAGAUGAAAGUAGUCAGUAAAAGAUGGGAUCAAAAUGCUUUAUGUGGGGUUUGGUGUGGCUGGCAACCCCCCCUUCCCCCCUUCCACAUACACACACACCCAAGCCCAGAGAAAAGUUUGAUUUUAGGGGUUCUGCAAAGUACAUUUUGCUUUAUUCUUUAUCAUAUGUUUUUUGUAAUAUAGUGAUUCUACUCAACCGAUUAAACAGGUAGUAGAAUGGAACACGCUAUCAUGCAUAAUUCUAUUGUCUUCUAAAUUGUAGCUGUUUAUUGUCUGUUUCAUGGGUCAGGUAAAAUCUCUCUAUUAUACAAAAUAAUGGGCAACAAAAACAAUCGAUUGAUUAUCUUUCUCUUAAAAUGGUGUUUGAACAAAUAACCACUGCUUCUGUUGCAACUGUCGGGCGCUUUUGCCGGCUAACGUUGCUUUUGGAAAACACAGUAAAUUAGCAAUUAGAGAUAGCUCUGACAGAAAAAAUUGGGCAAAUCAUUACUCACUUUUCUUCUGUAUCAGUCUGACGAUACUUUGUACCGUCUAUCCUUUUGUAUUUACUUUCGGCUGAUCGGAAAGACCAUCUGUUAAGGCAAACGACACUGAAACCUGGACGCAAUGUAAUACAUUUGGGACUGAUUUCCACCUCAUUCAGAACGGCGGUACUACCAAGUGAUUCGACGCACUUUUCGAUUUCCUUGCAGCAGAGGCAUUCCCCAGGAUUUUGCAGCCGAUCAAGAGCACAAUUGCCACAAGAGCACCUUUGAAAUUAAAAAGAAGGAACGUAGUAUUUAAGUUGAAGAGUACAACUUUUAUCCUUUUCUUUUAUCGACAAGGUAUGAUCUUAGUACGAUAAGAUUUUUCAGGCUAAUAAUUAAAAGGUGAGAAAUAGAGCGAACACUUACCAAGUCUCGGGUUCGACAAUCCUGUCAAAGCGGUUUUGUAACUCCUGGUUUCUCCUUUCAAUUUCUUCUAGUUCUCGGUUGUAUUCUGUUUAGCCAUUCCUCGUCUGCAAUAGGUUCAUCUUUAUACGGUCCUUCUGGAUCUGAAUAGUACAUAUCUUCUUCAUCUUCGUCUGAUCCUAGCUCUGUCUCGCAGAUGUGAGUGCGCGACCCGAUCGAUUCCACGUCUGACUGUUCCGUAUCGCUUUCAAAACUCAUUAUUCUUUUUCACAGUCAAUUAAAUUCGAGCUUAAGCGACUUUUUAUUGAUUUCUGCUGUUUCUGAUCGAAAAAGGUCAGGGAAACUCAAAAAACAUUCUCAAAACACUGCCACACAAAUAAGAAAAUGACCAGCUAAUUUACCUGCCGCGAAAUAGAAUGUCCUGAAAUGACGUCAUAAUCAUUCCCAGUCUUCUGUUUUCGCAAGCGCGGUUUUGUAGCUCAUCGGAAGUAAAAUUUCACGUUUUUAGCGGGUUAAAACACGGGGAAGAAAAAUCGCUAUCGAAAAAUUUUUUUUGCUUUCCUUAUCAAAACACUGUAUAGAUUCUAUCAAGCAAAUAAAAAAAUUUCUGUCAUAUACACUUUAAGGAAUGUAAGGAGUUCAGUCGGGAGAAUUUGAAUAUGUAUAUUGGAGCUUAAAAGGGCAGUCAAACACUGUUAACUUGGACAUGGAUGGGCUGUAAAAAGUGUCCUUAUUAAAGGGGGGUUUGGGGGUUUGGGUGUACUAAGCAGGUUGAAUUUAGAGAAAAUGAAAGGGCUUUCUUUCCUAAGGGACAAAGCUAACUGUCUGUAAUAAUGAGCUGUCCAAAUUAAGCGGCUGUCUAUAAAGCAUGAUUUGACAGUACAGUCAAAUGUGUGUUUAACGGUCACCCUUGGGAAAUGGCAAGGUGACCGUUAUUUACAGGGUGACUGCUCUAUAUAAGGCCGUUAUACACAUGUGUGACUGUACUUGCCUAGCAAGAAAAUGUACUUGUCCUGGACUAGUGAAGCCCUGAAUAUAUACCUUACUUCUUACUUAUUUGAAGUCCCUGAGUGUUGGUUUGGCCCUGGGUAUCAAACCUGCAAUCUUCUGCUCUGCAGUCCAGCUCUCUUCCAUCUGAGCUAUCCCUCCUGUGGUCUGAAUAACAGAGAACUGAGGUGCUUUCAAGUAUUCAAAGUCUUCUUUGUUUGAUGUUAUUUUUAGCUGAGCUUGGAGAAUAUGAUCCUAGAGAGCACACAAUGGGUUAUGUAUCUGAGUUUAGAUUUAUUCCCAACCAGGUAUGAAUAAUAAAUAAUAUUUAUUGUCAUGUUAGUAGUUAAUUUUAAAUUCUUUUACUGCCAGAAGAAGCCAAAGUCAAAUUUUAACAAAAUCUCUAAAUUUGACUUGGUAAAAUUCUGAUAAACAAUAAGUAGCUUGGGAAAGAAGUGCCCAAAGAGAUUUAAGACCCUACCAUUCAACCUGGGAGUGAAGUGGUUGCACUUAAGUAACUGAAACAGAGAAAAUUUGGACUCCUACCACUGAAUACAGUCAUAGCACUCUGUCAGUUCUGUAGGUCAUCAGUACUUCUUUAUCUUUAGUUUUAGUUUAGUUCCUUAAUUCUCUCUCACUUCUACUGAUGGCCAAGAUAAAAAGGGACAGUUCAUUAUUUAUGGGGAUGACUGGGUCAGAAAGAAAGCUCCUGAGUUUUGAGAUUUUUUUUCCUCCAAAGUGAUGGUGGUUAUGCUUUUUCCUACCAAAAAGUGACCGGAUUAUGUUAAAGUGCUGGAUAAACUUACGACUUAGCCAAGAAAAGUGAGAGUUCUUCAGAAUAAACAAAACAUUGAAAAUAAUUAAAAUUUUACAGCGGUAGUCUCAUACGUUGACAUUGAAAUGAAAUUUUUAUACCCGAUUCGUUAAUAUUUCAUGCUUGAAUGUUUCUUACAUGUGGGCCAUAGGACGUAUCAGCAUGGAAUUUCUGCAGUACCCUGGGAAAACAGCCGUAUCUCCUUGCUUCUCUCUGCUGGAGAUGUUUCAUGAGGAGGAACGUCUGCGACUCAGCGAUAGAAAUUCCAUACUGAUGACGUAAAAUCUGUCUGGAAUCCAGUCAUAAGCCCUGAUUAGAUGAUGGAGUAGUUGCAUUGUUUUGUCUAUUGUUUUCAAAUUGACAGGCAAAAGGCUAUAAAGGUCAAAUGGGACCCUGGAGAAACGUAAAAUUGAACAAAUUUGCAUUUGGAACCCAAUGACUACUGGAAUUGUUAUGUAAACAUUGAUUUAUGUCAUCAGUAUGGAGUUUCUGUGGCUGAGUCACAAAGGUUCCUCCGCGCAAAACGUCCCCAGUGGCGAGGAGCAAAGAGAAAAGGCAGAUUUGAAAGGCUCUUUCUGCAGUUGUUGGUCUGGUGUCAUUUCGCACAGAAACUAGUGGUGGUGUAGCAAAAUGUUGGCUGUUUUCUCAUGCUAACUCUUGCGCUGACUUCUCUACAAUGGCUAUUUAUCUAGACUGUCCCCACAGUGAUGGUGAAUUAAUAUUAUGUUGAUUGUCUCUUAGAGUGAAGAACUAGAGAAGAAGAUUUUUCAUCAACACAAGAAGCUUGGGUAAGCUUAGUUAUAUUGUAAGAAAAUGCCUCUGAAACUCCUUCUUAAUAUUAUUGAUUAAUAUAAGAGGAAACAAAGGACAAUCAGCCUGAAAAACAGCUUUUAAUUUACAUGGACUUCUUAUGAAUUUAAACAAUGACAGUCGACUCCCGAUAACUCGAACCCUUGCUAACUCGAACCUCGCGCUAACUCGAACCAAAAUCGAUUUCCCCUGGAUUUCCGUCAUACAUUCAAUGUAAUUUUACCCUCAGUAACUCGAACCCUCGAUAACUUGAACUUCCGCUAAUUCGAACCAAUUUUCGUUUCCCCUCAGGUCAUUUUCUAUAUAAUUUUACCCUCGAUAACUUGAACCUUGUUUUGAGUCCUUAGAAAGUCGGGAAAAAAGCCGUCUACUGGCGUCCAAAACGUUGAAUUUUGGAUUUCCUAUUGACGUGUUGUAGGAGUGUAGUUUACUAGUGGAGGCUGAUGUUGAUUGUCACAGGCUAACGUGAAGCAGCUUUUCUUCUCAAAACAGUAAAACGCAUGCUCUAUUUAGGCUAUGUUUUGUUACGUUAUGUUCUGAUUUAUAAUCUAGAAGUAUAUUUUAAUUUUUACUUGACAUUUCUACAAUUAGAUGUGAUUAAGAUGUUCACUGUGCAGUAAAAACUGUUUUUUACCCUACUCUCGGCUAUUUUCUUCGAACUCCCGAUAACUCGAACUCCGGACAACUCGAACCUUUUUUCAAUUUCCCUUGAAGGUUCGAGUUAUCGGGAGUCGACUAUAUCUCUCUUCAGUACUUCUCUAAGUAAACAUCAGAAUUCACUAGCCUGAUCACUAAAUCCACUAGCCCUGAGAUAUUCUAGGGGGAGGGUGCAGGGGGUGCGAAAAAAAAAAAUAUGUGGUUUAUUGGUGUUGAAGUAGAGCAUGAGACGAGUGCACCCCCUCCUAAAAAAAAUCCUGGAUCCACCCCUGUGUACACAGUGUCAUUUGCACGGUCUUGAAACUUGCUUCUUAACCAAAACUCCAAUAAGCAGACACUGCUUACUUGACAAAAACCCCUUUGGAUAUUUAUUAAUCUUUUUGCUGAAUGAGCCAUUCCUGUAAGUGGUGGUUAUCAACCAUAUUUUCUUUCUUAGGCCUAUGGUUCCAUCUGUGGCAGAGUUUAUGUAUCUUGAUAAAGUCAAGUGGCUGGAAAUGUAUGGAGUUGACUUACAUCCAGUCAAGGUUUGGUGCUUUUUUUACAAUUCUAGAACACUUACUGAAAUCCUCUAUUAAGCCCCAUGUGGGGCGUAAGGUGAGGUAUGGGGGGUGGGGGAAGGGGCUUUGUAGAGAUGGGGGGCUUAUUUAAUUUAGCAAAGACGAUGGUAUCAGUUCUCCCAAGAGCCCAUCAUGGUUCUCCAUAAAGAACUGGAAUGCAAAGUAGAAAAGCUAAAGUCAAGAAGUUGGAAGUCAUGGAGCUGAGAAUCAAAAACAAAACUGAACUUCCCGCUGGUGAAUAAACCUUGACUGAUUAAUACAGUUUAACGUUUAAUAUUGAACAUAAGUAAUGGGGAGGGGACGGGGGGCUUAAUAGAGGAUUUACGGUAACUCAUUCACACCUAAAAUACCUGAAACUGCUUGACAUUUGGCUGAACCACCAUACUAAAUAACUAAUGAAGGAGUGUGUGGUAAAAAUCUUUCAAUAACUUCUAAUAAACUAGUUGAUUCUUCUUCCAUAUUUCCUGGUAUUUUCGUGUGAAACAAAAGGAGAAUUUCACAUUACCUCGUGCCUGCUCUUGUGACAGUCAUAAGUUUUAAUGCUCUAAGAUACUUUAACAUACAACUUAUGAAGUACAGAUAAAUCUUUCGAAACAUGCCCAAAUGCAUACUGUAAACCGCCACUUAUAAGCACCCCAGUUAUGAGCCCUCCCCAGUUAUGAGCCCAUCUACCUGUAAACCAAAAAAAUACUUUCGAUUUUAAGUGCCCAUGGAUAUAAGUCCCCCUCCAACCCCCUCCAAAUGUAUUGAAAUGAAUUUGAAUUAUUUUGACGUUUUGAAGCAUAAUAGACCUUAUUUAUGACGAUUAAUAGUCAUGCAAAAUUCACAGCUAGAGUUUUGACAAGAUUAAUUUAAGUCAUUAUUCUUUGCUGUGAGGACAUGAUGUACGGUCACUAUUGGAUCCAAAAAAGUGACAACCAUCACUUCCACCCAUACUUUGUCAUUAAGAUGAAAAGUUCUUCAUUUUCUGAGUUCUAUCUAAUAAACAAACUCAACUGCGAUUUCUUGUAUUCGCAAAUUUUAUCACUUAUUAUAAGCCCCGAGCUUAUAAGCAUAGUUUACGGUAUACGUUUUGGUAACGUUCUUUUACUGAGCGCCUUCUCUUUAUUUUUGACAAGGGAGAAGAUUUUGUGGAGUACUUUGUGGCCCUCAGACCUUCAGGGGUAGCAGUUUACAAAAACAAGACUCGUGUUGGAUCUUACCUCUGGUAAUUAUGGGAACUCUUAUCUUAAGUUAUUACAUCUAUUUGAAGUAUGUCAUUCAUGUAAAACCAGGAAGUUGUUUGGUGUACUUUUUCUUUCUGCAUUUGAGAAACAUUUGCGGAUGUAAAUGUACUUGCUAAAUACUGUACCUGUAUGUACAUCACAAACAAUCAAUAUAUGUUAAUAUUUUUUUACGACUUUAGAACCUGUGGCUGAACUAAAUCUAUUUGUGAAGAAAUUUCCAUUCCUCUCCUAAUGUGGUUGCCAAUCAGUGUAAAUGAAUGGCUGCUCUGCAAAAUGGUGCAUGAGAUAUGUUUUGCCUUAAAAUCCAAAAUGCUCCAACAACAUUCCAGCUCCCCAUGGCCACUGCUUGCAUUACUUGGACUCGAAAGAAUCCCCUUUGUAACCAAAACAGCUGGUCAGAACUACAAUUGAGUUCUUGUACUGCAUUUUAAGUUGACUAGUCUUAUCAUAGUGUAUUUUGAAAACAUAUAUGUUCUAUAGCAUUAUAAACCUAUGAAGCUUUUUAUUUAGAAACAUAAAAUUAUGCUUUUAUUAUAGGAAAUAAUAUUUAAACUGAAGGUGUGGUAAAAACUGAUCAAAAUCUGUUACUUUUAUAGGUCAAAAAUAGAAAGGGUUGAUUUUAAAGGCAAGAAAUUCUACCUGUCAGUGAAAGGAAAAGAGGUGUCAAACUUUUCUUUCUAGUUAAUAUCAUAAUUUACCUUGUACAUGGACAGUAUGUGGUGCUGUGGCAAUUAAGGAUUGUUUGUAAAAACAGACUGUGUACAACUUUGAUUUCGCAAGACACCUUUUUUCAAUGAUGUGUCCUUAAAUUGGGAAGCUCUAACAUGAACUGCAGCACUCUUGUUUUAAACUUUGAUGUUUACUGGCUUUCAUGACCUUCAUAACCAGUCUCCUCCAUUAUAAUCAUGCCUAUAAUUAUUCAUAUAUUCCAUAUUCAUCCAUUCAUAAGAAAAAGGCAAGAAUCAAGUCUUCUGAGAUUAUCACAUGAUAGACCUAUAUUUAGGGAUUUGGACCAACAAACUACCAGUGAAUAGGAUCUUUGUCUGUUCCUUUAUUCUCAGGGUUGCAUUUUGGCUGAAAGUGUGGCAGCCUGUGGCUACUUAUUUUUGCUUUCCAGGGCUGUGCUCUAGCAGACCCUGGUGCCCCUGGUGCCUAACUUUGCUCUUUGACAACUAGACAAUCUUAGGUUUUUCAUACAAAUCAAUGAUAUGCUUGCCACCUUAGAUUUUACAGGUUCAUAGCACUGCGCCCCCUUCAAUUUUCCUCAGAGCAUAGCCUUGCCUUUGUAUGACAUGGAAAUCUUAGGUUUUGCUCCACAACUUAGUGUGUAUUUCAUUGGUUUUGAUCAUUUCGGCUCUCUAUAAUUUUUUCUGGGAUACAACCUUGAAUUUCUAGACUGUAUUAAUUGGCAAGUGUGACCCACUCAUAACAUUGUAACCUAAAUGAUCUGUUUUACAUUUUCAUAGGAUAGGGAGUAUACCUUUAAAUUCUACCUUCCCACUAAAACUGCAUGCAAGCAUCUUUGGAAGUGCUGUCUGGAGCACCAUAUAUUUUUUAGGUGAGGAGAUGUAUCCUUCAAGGGAGUAUUAUCUUUUUUUCUCAUCAGGUGAAAGUAAAGGUCCUUAUGUUACAUUGGUAACUCAUAACAGCACUUAAACUGACAAUCCUAAGCCCGACGGUGUGCUCAUUUUACACCUCCCUCCCCUCCAUCAAUGCUUUGUUUUAUGGGUAGUUAAAGCUAUUGAAAGCUCCGUGUAAGGAAAGAAGUCGAAACAAGGAUUGUUGAGGUCACACUUGAGAAUUGAACUCGAAAGCUCUAGCACAGAAGGCCGUCCACUUACUGAAUUUGCUAGUCCUUGUCGAUGCUGUAGCCCAAAAAAAGUAUUAAACAGUAUCUCUACUGAUUAUGAAUUUAGAAAAGCAAGGUACUAAAACCUGUGAUUUACAUGUAUUGCAGACUAGAUAAAUCAGCUGCUACACCCAAUCGCAAAAACAGUGGUCUAUUUCGCACAAGUUCAUCGUACCGCUACAGGUAGUGUUACAGGGUAGUCUCUCCUGAUUCUUAGAGGAAGUCUAUUUGUAUGGCAGUGAUAAUCAUAUUUUAUCUGGAAUACAGUCAAAGCUCUCCUUGCAGCACUGUCAUAAGCGACCAGCUCUAGUUACAACCACCUUUGUGAAACCCCGUUUGAACUGACCCAAACUUUGUAAUGAAAAGCUCUCGUAAGUGACUGUUCCCAUGAACGAUCACAACCACUUUUGGGAUUAACUAACUGUACUUUUCCUUAGUUUGUUUUUAAGCCCUUGUAAGCGACUACUCAGGGUCUUAUUCGUAUAAAUCAACACUUAAAUAGCGUGGGUAGCAAGUAACUCCAUGUGGUUUCAGAGCAAAGAAAGACCAAGGAAUGAUGAGAAAUGGGAUUUUUGGUUUUUGCUGUGCAAAAAAUGGAAUGGGAGCCAAAUAAUGAAAGAGAGGUAGGGGAAGGAAGGAAACAGCAUUUCCCUCCUUUCUUCCCCACCCGCUUCCCACUCUUUUGCUGGCCCUAUUUUUCAUGUGGUCUUUGACUCUUGUUCCUUGUUCUUUGCUCCAAAACUGCAAGGAAAUACUUGCUAUGCAGGCUAACACUUUAAUGAAACUGCACACUGCACUAGUGGCUCUAAUACUUUAGAUUUGGAUGUAUAGUUCAGUCAUGUCUAUAUCACGAAUAAAGACACUCAUUAAACAUUUUAGAGAAAUUGAAAUUUCUUUUGUUUAUUUUUUAUGAAUUAGUAAUGAGUUCUGAAGCUCUCGCAAGCAAGCACCCUCUGUAGUUUUAUGCCCUGUUCAUCACUUAAAACAAAAAACUUAAGACAAAUUGAACAGCACAGGGGUGGUGAGGGAAAAAGCAACAGGGUCUGGUACCAAGAAACAGUGUUCUCACGAUUUGUAAACUGGUCUCCUUACAUGGUGGUCAGUCAGAUAAUUGCUGUACAUCUCCCAGUCUUCAAUUUUUCAGAAUGAAAAGGCAAUUGAAAAAAUGAUAUCUAACUUUUUUUCCCCUUGCGUAUCAUAUUUUUCCUUUGGUACUGAAAUGUUAUUGCAAGGUAAAGCCAAACACAAGCGGCGGUUACAAUAUACUGUAACCACAUAGCGAAUAAUAUGCAGUACAACAGCGUUCGCUGAGGUAUUGAUCGAGUUUUAAUAAGGCGACACCAUUUUUGCCAAGUGAGGAUAUCAGUAGACUAUAAAAGUUACCAUGCUGAUCAAAAAUUGCUAGAGAAAGUGUCAAAUUUAUCAAAACUAAGUCUUAUUAAUCUAACUUAUAAAUAUAAGCUUGCAUACCUGAAUGAAAAAAUUCACACCUCUCAACAUUUCACUUUGUUUAUCACAGACAGUUCAAAACCUGCAAUUCAAAGUUUACAUUCAAUGAUCCUUGUAAACAAAGCACAAUGGCACUAUUUCUAACGUUCUGCACCUUGACACAACCAUGGUUUUGUAGCAAAACACUUUUUGAUAGCUAAAACUCUUUGGCAGCUCUUAUCAACCUUAUGUCGCCUAUCUCUGCGGUUUGCAAAACUAACAGAGAGUCCCAGCAACAUUUCAAAAGUACUGCAGCAGAGGGUUUUUUUGAAAUUUUACACCUUUGGAUAAUAAUGUUGGAUUGUGUUAGCGUUUUUCUUUCUUAAAGUGAGAGCUGUUAAACAAAACAUUUGACUGUUAGAAAUUCUUUUUUGCUUUAAACUGGGUUGAUGUGAUUUACCGGUAUCUUGAUGAUUAUUUUGCUUUUCUCAAAGUGGUAGAACUCAGAAGGAAGCUUUGGAAGAAGGGAAGAAGAUCCAGAGACCUGACCCAGAAGUGAAAAGGUAAUUGUUUUUAACAAAUGUAUAACAUUUACAGACCGAAGGAAUCUUCUGAAGCAUGCCCCAAACCUGAGAGCAAUUUUGUCGACUCACCCUCAUUUAGUACCAGCAGAGGUUUUUCUUUAAUUAGUUCAGUUUUAUCUCUUGUUAAAUACUUAAGAGCACUAAAUUUAGAGUGCCCCUCAAGUAAUGAAUUAAUAUUGCUAUAAUAUAAACUUGUGUAUGCGAGAAAAAUAAUCCAUGUAAUUUGACUUGCAAAUUUGGAUGAAAGUUUUUUUCUUUGACUACCCUUUGGUAACCCAUUUAAACAAUAAUAAAUGUUAACGUUAUUUUUUGUUCGAACACACAUGCACCAUUUGGAAACAUUAACAUCUUGCAUAUAGCUUACAGCAGCAUUUUUUGUGAAAGGUUUGGAGUCAGUGAGUUUAUUGUCUUGACCUCUUUAAACAGAAAAUGUUUAGGCCUCAUUUAACACUUAAUGAUAAUGUGUUUCCUUAGAAAACCCAGUAAGCGGUAUGAAAGAAGAACGUCCAGCGUUCAGUCUGUUGAAAAAGGUGAGCUGUUGUGCGUUAUUGAUAAUAAUAAUGAUGAUGUGAUGUGAUGUGUGUGUUAAGAAUAUAACCUUGUUCUUGAGUGCAGUAAGUUGAGAGGGGCUAUGUAGGUUGCUGUUUUAGGGCAAAUGCCAAUUCUGUGCUUAAGCCCUAAUAUCCACAUGCAAAUUCUCCAAACUGGUCUCUAUACAUUUCCAUAAAGAAUAAGAUGAGAGAAUUUGGUAGAAGAUCAAAGCAUCACUUGGUGAUCAGUUUUUUAAUUCUCAUAACCCUUUCUCUUGAUUCUGUACUGAUAUUGUUUGGAGAAAAUUGAUGUUGGUCACUUUGGGAUUAAAAGGGUUAGGUCAUCACUUAGUAUCUUCACCCAUAGAAAAAAAGCCUCUGUAGAGCUAUGAAGAUUUGGGUGAUUUUUUGCAGGAAAUACCGUUAAAUCUUGAAAAAGUUAUCCUUACCUUUUCAAGUUUCAAUCAGUAUGCCCAUCCUUGCCAUCUGUUGCAAAAGAUGACAGGAAACAGUUUCUUUGUCUAAAUAUUGUCUUUACUAACCAAGCUGGACCAUUAUCUUUGGAAUUCAGUUGAUCCAAAGAGUAGUUUUAGCUUUUUAAAAAGAUAGCAAAUAGGCUGACGUGGCCCUUGUAAAUGUUUUGAGGGGCUCUAAAUAAAAUAUGUUCUGAUGUUGACUUCUAUAAUUAUAGUAGAGAGCACAGCGGGUUUGCUUUUGUUUCAGCUCUGAGUACUGUGACGGUUGGUACAGCAACAAGUGUGUCGCAAGUUCAAAUAAAACGUUUCAGCCAGCAAGAGAAUUCAACAGAAGUCAUAACAGUUCCUGUGAAUGGCAACAAUGGCUCUGUGUAAGUCGUGACACUAUUGCCAUCUUAUUUCAAACACGCAUUUUCAUUAACCUGCAAACAUUCCCCAAAUGUGAAUGGUUUGAACCCAGGAGUCAUUUCAUAACUAGGUUGAGCAUCCUGUUUUCACAGUUCUAUUCAGGACUACGUUCACCCGGUAGGUCAUGCUCAACCUGCUUAUAAUUCCCCAAAUCAUAACAUAAUAUGACAAGAUUACCAUCUUUGAUCCAAGGAGUAAGGAUUAUGUAAAAAUGACAUUAUACCUGCUGAUGAUUUGCGGACAUACAGCUCUAUACAAAUUACAAUGAAUGUUACACUUCAGGGGCAGUUGCAUACUGCGCCUAUUCAAUACAGACAAUGGAGUUAAAAAAAACUUUGAACAGAAGUCAUUUUUCAGUAUUACUUGAUACCAUUAUCUAGGGGCAAUUUAAUAAAACUGUUACAAGGUUAGCCAUUGUUUUCGAGUCUGAAAACAAUAUCCACACUUGUAAAUUACACUUGUCAAAGUUUUAAUAAAUUCAGGUUUUUGAAGAACGUUUUUAGACCAAGGUUUUACAACAAGCUUAAGUCGGUUUUGGGUUAGGACCAUUUUAGUGAGCCUUCAAUGAAAAGUUAGGGCAAAUCGAAGGUCUUUCACAACUGAAUACUGGCCAGAUCUCUGGCUGUUCCCUAUUGAAAGCGCUGAUCAUUAGGCUAGAGAAUGUGUAAAGGUGUGACUGGACCGUAGAGAAACAAUAACAAAACCUACACCCCAGUGUACAGUACAAUCCUAAUUUAUUGAACCCUUAGUUUCUCAAAAAUUUGGGAUAAUUCAAACUAAAAUUGACCUCCCUCCCCCAGUUAACAAUGUUGUCUUACACCGGAGGUUUAAACUUGUGUAUAAAUAAAAGCAAUUUUCCUUCCAGAAACUUGGAAAAAUCAGGAUUCAAAUUGAGUUAUGUUCACACUAUACCGGAUAGCCUUUUUGUGCCAACACGAAAAUAAAUACAUAUGAACCCGACACGAAAACCUAUCCCAUACGUGACUCUCCACUUUAGAGAUUGGUGCGUCGGAGCUUCGCUCUUUUACGGAAAUCGCGCCGAUAGAGCAAUUUUCAAUUGAGUGUUGAAGGUAAUCCAGGAUUGAAUUGGUUUUGCUUUACUGUGCUGUUUGAUUGGUCUAGAAAACUCGCGCCACCCUCUCAGCCAAUCAGAUGUAAACUAAAACCAAUCGCUCCUUGGUCACUCGCGUUUUCCCGCGCUACAGGCCGGUUACACGCGUUUACUUCGAGUUGUCAUUGGCUCCCUCUUAUAAUUUCCUUUACUCUGAUUGGCCGUUGUGAUUACUUUGGUUUUGGUUUUCGACACUCAUUGAAAAGCGCUCUAUGACCGUUCUUGUGUGUGAACAGAAGCUAUCCGGUAUGGUUUUCAUGCCGGCGCAAAAGCAAUCCGGUAUAGUAUGAACACAGCCGUAGACUGUUAACAGUCGACCCGUAGGAUUGUCGUAGGCGUGGUGUAAACAUGUGUUGUUUGCCUCUUUCGCUCUCAUGUAACAUGCUUGCCUGCGCAACUAUCCUGGGAGACAGCUAACAGUCUAGGAUUCAACUUUUUUUCUCUAAGUACAUAAGACGACUAGAUGUUGUGCGUUCAUAUGUAUUAAAGGAACAGUAUCCCGUUACUGCGCGUGCACCAAACUUUGAUUUUUGGACAGGAUGUCGCGAAAUCAAAAGAUGCGAGGAGGGUAAGAAAACCUUGAAAAAUCCGUUUGCAUCGCGCUUGACCGGGUUCAAUACGACACUAAAACUUCUCAGGAUUACAGAUCAAUGAUAUAUUGUUCCUGUUAAGUUUCGAUUUGGGCAAAAUCUGGAUUUUUUGGCGUUACUUUUAUUGCCGUUGGCCGAAGGACCAAAAGAUUGGAAGCACUUUGAUGCCGAUUGAAGGCUUACUUCUUCUGCUAGCUUCUAUACAAGCUCAGAUAAUUGUGAAAGGAAUACGCAGAAAUGAAACAGCAACAAUAAAGACUGUAAGAAAGAAACCAUUGAGACAUUGAUGUGACUGAGGAGAUCUUGUGGAGGGGAGCUUCGUGAAGCAGAAUGUUUUGCAACGAAGCGUUAGUAAACUUUCUUAAAUGAAUCUCCCUAACGGCCGACAACAUCAAACAAACAGGCGUACAUGUUUAUAAAAACUAGUGCCAUGAAGUCAUAAUAUAAUUUUUGACUAACCUUUCUGAUGAUUCAUAGCGUUGAGAUUGCAUUUUUAUUUAUGUCUUUCAAACGUUUGAGGCUAGAACGCGAGCAAAUCAGGCAGAUAUUACUAGACUUGGAACAACUGACCUCUGACACGAGUUUCAAAUUAGAAAAUAUGUUUUUAAAGCGAGCGGAACGAGAUUUUCGGGUCGCGAGGCGGCCCAGCUAGCGAUAAAAUCGCGAUAAGUCUUCGAACCGCGAGCCAAAUUUUUAUAUAAGACGAAAGACUUCUUUGAAAGUCUAAAAUGUUACUUGAGAAUAUAAACAACAAAUCUCUGUCGGCGGUGCGGUCCGGAAGGAAAUCUUGUCGAGUCAAUAUGACAGUUCUAUUGUCUUUUGAAGAAAAAACAGACGACGCUCGCGCGUGCGCAUAAUCGGGACACUGUCCCUUUAAUGUUGUUGUCCGUUUUUAGAAUUAAAACAGAAGGUGACCCAAGUUCAAAGGAUGGUAACACUACUACGGAUGGUCCUGCUCUCCCAUGGGAACAAUCAGCUCAGAUGCAAGGGUAAGGCUGCAGAGUCGUUUGAAGUUUUUUUUUUCACUCAAUCUACUUUAGUUUCCCAACAGUCAGUUUAUUUUCACCCUUGCCCAUCUCUUUAAUAAAUUACAGUGUGACUACUCAAACCGGGGCACUUAGAAGAAGAUUAUCCAAUCAUAACAUUCUUUGAAAACAGAAGAUUCUCAAGAUUUUUUGCAAACGGUCCAAUAACAUUCAUAAAUUUGAGGGCUACUUCCUUAGAGGUCAGGAAAGUUCAAAGGGUUGUUAAAAAAGUUUUCAACAAUUGCAUAGUUUAACCUUGUAUUUUAUUGGUGUGUUUGCAAAAAAACCUUGAGAAUCUUUUGUUUUCAAAAAACGUUGCGGUUGGAUAAUCUUCUUCCAAGUGUCCCAGUUCGAGUAGUCGCACUGUAAUUUUGUCUAAUGUAUAUUCCUUUAAUCGGGAGAGAAACAUUUUUAUUGUCUGAGAGAGGAGAGUAUUGCGUCUAAUAUGUAGCAUUCUUUUAAAUCACCAGUGGUUUGUACACACCAGCACCAGACUCUCCUCGGUCACUUAAAAGUUCAGGAUCGGGAAGAGCGAAGAGAUCACCCAAAUUUCCAAGGUAUUGUGCCACAGCCAGCCACGUAGCAACCCAUAAAGGGAGGAGUCUUUUGUUCCCUUGUUCUCUAUUGCAAGAGAG